GCGGCAAGGAGAAGGCGGCGGCGGCGGCAAGGAGAAGGCGGCGGCGGCGGCAAGGAGAAGGCGGCGGCGGCGGCAAGGAGAAGGCGGCGGCGGCGGCAAGGAGAAGGCGGCGGCGGCGGCAAGGAGAAGGCGGCGGCGGCGGCAAGGAGAAGGCGGCGGCGGCGGCAAGGAGAAGGCGGCGGCGGCGGCAAGGAGAAGGCGGCGGCGGCGGCAAGGAGAAGGCGGCGGCGGCGGCAAGGAGAAGGCGGCGGCGGCGGCAAGGAGAAGGCGGCGGCGGCGGCAAGGAGAAGGCGGCGGCGGCGGCAAGGAGAAGGCGGCGGCGGCGGCAAGGAGAAGGCGGCGGCGGCGGCAAGGAGAAGGCGGCGGCGGCGGCAAGGAGAAGGCGGCGGCGGCGGCAAGGAGAAGGCGGCGGCGGCGGCAAGGAGAAGGCGGCGGCGGCGGCAAGGAGAAGGCGGCGGCGGCGGCAAGGAGAAGGCGGCGGCGGCGGCAAGGAGAAGGCGGCGGCGGCGGCAAGGAGAAGGCGGCGGCGGCGGCAAGGAGAAGGCGGCGGCGGCGGCAAGGAGAAGGCGGCGGCGGCGGCAAGGAGAAGGCGGCGGCGGCGGCAAGGAGAAGGCGGCGGCGGCGGCAAGGAGAAGGCGGCGGCGGCGGCAAGGAGAAGGCGGCGGCGGCGGCAAGGAGAAGGCGGCGGCGGCGGCAAGGAGAAGGCGGCGGCGGCGGCAAGGAGAAGGCGGCGGCGGCGGCAAGGAGAAGGCGGCGGCGGCGGCAAGGAGAAGGCGGCGGCGGCGGCAAGGAGAAGGCGGCGGCGGCGGCAAGGAGAAGGCGGCGGCGGCGGCAAGGAGAAGGCGGCGGCGGCGGCAAGGAGAAGGCGGCGGCGGCGGCAAGGAGAAGGCGGCGGCGGCGGCAAGGAGAAGGCGGCGGCGGCGGCAAGGAGAAGGCGGCGGCGGCGGCAAGGAGAAGGCGGCGGCGGCGGCAAGGAGAAGGCGGCGGCGGCGGCAAGGAGAAGGCGGCGGCGGCGGCAAGGAGAAGGCGGCGGCGGCGGCAAGGAGAAGGCGGCGGCGGCGGCAAGGAGAAGGCGGCGGCGGCGGCAAGGAGAAGGCGGCGGCGGCGGCAAGGAGAAGGCGGCGGCGGCGGCAAGGAGAAGGCGGCGGCGGCGGCAAGGAGAAGGCGGCGGCGGCGGCAAGGAGAAGGCGGCGGCGGCGGCAAGGAGAAGGCGGCGGCGGCGGCAAGGAGAAGGCGGCGGCGGCGGCAAGGAGAAGGCGGCGGCGGCGGCAAGGAGAAGGCGGCGGCGGCGGCAAGGAGAAGGCGGCGGCGGCGGCAAGGAGAAGGCGGCGGCGGCGGCAAGGAGAAGGCGGCGGCGGCGGCAAGGAGAAGGCGGCGGCGGCGGCAAGGAGAAGGCGGCGGCGGCGGCAAGGAGAAGGCGGCGGCGGCGGCAAGGAGAAGGCGGCGGCGGCGGCAAGGAGAAGGCGGCGGCGGCGGCAAGGAGAAGGCGGCGGCGGCGGCAAGGAGAAGGCGGCGGCGGCGGCAAGGAGAAGGCGGCGGCGGCGGCAAGGAGAAGGCGGCGGCGGCGGCAAGGAGAAGGCGGCGGCGGCGGCAAGGAGAAGGCGGCGGCGGCGGCAAGGAGAAGGCGGCGGCGGCGGCAAGGAGAAGGCGGCGGCGGCGGCAAGGAGAAGGCGGCGGCGGCGGCAAGGAGAAGGCGGCGGCGGCGGCAAGGAGAAGGCGGCGGCGGCGGCAAGGAGAAGGCGGCGGCGGCGGCAAGGAGAAGGCGGCGGCGGCGGCAAGGAGAAGGCGGCGGCGGCGGCAAGGAGAAGGCGGCGGCGGCAAGGAGAAGGCGGCGGCGGCGGCGGCGGCGGCGGCAAGGAGAAGAAGGCAAGGUGAAGAAGGCAAGGUGA